AUGCGGCGGACUCGGGACACGUGGUGGGAGUUCUUCCACCUCCCGCUCAACGAGAAGGAAAAGUACGCCAACAACCCCGCCACCGUCGAGGGCUACGGCAGCCGUAACGGCAUCGAGAAAGGGUUGCUCUUGGAUUGGAACGAUUAUUUCUUUAUCUACGCUCAUCCGCCGUUGGCUCGGAAUUUUCACCGGUGGCCCACCCGCCCUCCCACAUUAAAAUGGAGAUCUGUCACUAACGGCAUUUAUAAGAGCGCGGAGCAUCGGGUGACGGUGAAUUCAGACAAGGCGAGGCUUUCGAUGGCCUUCUUCUACAGUCCUUUUCCGGCGGCGGUGGAGCUCCUGACGGCGGACCGGCCGGAGAUGUUUCCGGCGACGCCGUUUGGGAUGUACAUGUCUAAAGCCCUCAAAAAGGGUCCCCAAAGGAAGGAUUUGAUUACAUCACAUAAGGUUGGUAAUGGAAGUGAGUAA